GAUAUGAAUAAAUGUAAAACUAUUACUAUCCCUGGCGAAGGUGUCAGUGUUCCUCCGACCCUGAUCCCCUUCCCUGUAAAGCGGCGGGUAUAUAACGAGUACUCCGAGCUGCAAUGGCAUAGCCUUCUCUACAGCAGGACAAACAACCUAUCAACAUGUACAAGAUCGCAAUCCUCUUGGCCGUCGUCGCCUCCGCCUCAGCCGGAUACCUUGCUGCCCCUGCCGUCUCCUACGCCGCCCCCGCCUACGCCACCGUCGCUCACGCCCCAGCAGUGUCCUACGCCGCCCCAGUCGCCGCUGUAGCUCAUGCUCCAGUCGCCGUCGCCCAUGCCCCAGUAGCCACCUCCUACGCUAACACCUACAGGACCGUCACCAAUUCAGUUCGUGUAGCCGCCCCCGUCGCACACGUCGCCCCAGCUGUAUCCUACGCUGCCCCAGUCGCAGCCGUCGCUGCCCCAGCUUACGGAGGUCUUGGAUACGGAGGAUACGGACUUGGAUACAGGUCUGCUUACGGACUUGGAUAUUCUUCCUACGCCCACUAAGCAAAUAACAUAUUAGCUUAGCACUUCAAGUCCAACCCAAAUCAUGUUCCAACAACAUUAGCAAUCAAUAAAAUAACUUAUUAUUAAAUUAUAUAUUUUUCAAUUAUAA